AUGCUAUAAAGAGAAAUUAAUAGAAAUUAAAUGAAGAAAAAAAGCAUAAAUAACUAGAGUCUUAUUUAAUACAGCAAAAAUCUCAAAGCUCUAGAGGACCCUAAUCUUUACUAUAGAAAGGUCUAUAAGAAAUCAAAUGAGACUCGCAUACCCCUUAUAACUCACAGAGUAUGGAUAACUAGCAAGGAAUAGCCUUUAGAAUUGACAAAGUUUCUUAGAGAGCAACUACUCUAAAAUCUGAACAUAACUUAUUAAAAUCUUGAUUAGUCUGCAGCUUAGAGGGGAUUGAAUUGGACUCAUUAUUUAUGGAUAUAAGACAUUAAUCAAUUACCUGAAACGGUAUAAUUAUUCCAAAGCUUAGGUGUAAUUGUGAAAGAAUUGAAAGAUUUGAAAUUAUUUGAUGACAGAGCCAAGUUUUAAUUUGAUUUUUACCUGUAAGAUUCAAAAGCUGCUGCAGCUGCAAGUGACUUAAUGAGAGGUGUUGUAGUUGCUGAGUAUGGAGGAAUAUAUUUUGACAAUGACUUUGUAAUUGAUGAAUGGGAUUACAACAUUAAUUAUCUAUUUGACUAUUUUGGUAUCAGUUUAUAUCUUUGGUAAGCAAGAUUUACAAUUAAUGGUUUUUUCGCUGCUAAGAAAGGCCACCCAAUUGUAGUUCACUAUAUGGAGCAAAUGAAGGAUUCAUUCUCUUUGAUUGAAGAAGAAAGACCUCAUUACAUGAAUGAGUGUAUUUUUAAAACUACUGCAAUGAUAAUGUUUGGGACAGGACCAUCAUCCUUAGGAGCAACUGCUUAUAAUUUCAUUAGCUAAGAUGGCAAUUAAGAUUAUAUAAUAUUUGAGUAUGGCUAAAUGUCAGUAACCUCAACGACAAUGAUUGAUGAAUUUGGAGUAUAGAAGCCAGUUAUUAUUAAACUUAAUGGAAGGGAUGGAUAUUCGGCUUCCUGGUUAAAUGAUUUUAGAGAUUAUUAGAAGUUUGGAUGGAGCGAUUUAAAUGAAUACAACUGA